ACAGGAAGCAGCUCCGUGGCUAACGUCCGGUUAGCUCAGUUAGCUCGUGUGUCGCUGUGUCCAGGAGGUUCUGGUUCUGUUCAGCAACAAUGUGUUCCGUUGAGCCUCUGAGAGAGUUUAUCAGAGAGAGACUAACUGCUGCUGCUGAAGAAAUCUUCACCCAGCUGGAAAAAACCAUCGUCCAGUACGAGGAGGAGAUCGACCGGCAGCGGAGACUGCUGGACCUCAGCUGGAGACCCCGGGUCAGCUUACAGCGAGCAGAACUCCCAGGUUGUGAUGCCUGUGAGGAGAAGGACGUCCAGACGGGUCAACGGUCUUCUGACAGACAGACUGACUCCAGUUUGGACCAAGAGAAACCAGACCAAUGGCAGAGGAAGAAGGAACAAAAAGACUCUGAUCCCCUUCAGAUGAAAAUUGAACUGGAGGAACCAGAACUUCUGCAGUUAAAGGAGGAGGAUGGUGAAAUCUGGAUCAGUCAGGUUGAAGAGCAGCUUGUUCUGAAUCAGCAGACUGAUUCCCUCAUGAAGGAUGGAGAACCAGAACCAGACGGAGACCAACGCUCGUCUCAGAGCUAUCAUGAAGCCGAGAACCUAAACCAGAACCAGAGUGACGAUGGAGAUAAAAGUAGAGAUCAAGUUUUGAAACAAAAUAAUGGUGAUAAAACCAAACUAAAGGGGCACAGAGUUGAAAAAAGGGCGUUUUGCAAGAUUUGUGGUAAAAGUUUCAAUCAGUGUUACUUAUAUGACCACAUAAGAACUCACACAGGUGAGAAACGUUUCUCCUGUAAAACAUGUGGAAAGGGUUUCAUUCAAAGUUAUCAGUGUACUGUUCACAUGAGAACUCACACAGGAGAAAGACCUUACUUGUGUCAGACGUGUGGAAAAAGUUUUAUCCAAAAAAAUAACUUAGUUACUCACAUGAGAAUUCACUCAGGUGGGGCACACCAUCCAUGUGACAUUUGUGGGAAAGAUUUUUCUCGCAACGAUCUGUUAGCCUCUCACAUGAGCACUCACACAGGAAUGAAACCUUUCCCAUGUCAGACCUGCAAAAAGACUUUUAGUCGGAAAAUUUAUUUAACUCGUCACCUGAGAACGCACACAGGUGAGAAACCAUUUGAGUGUCAGAUCUGUGGGAAAGCUUUUAUCCAAAAAGAUAAUUUAAUUACUCACACAAGAACUCACACAGGUGAGAAGCCGUACUCUUGUGAGACGUGUGGAAAAAGUUUCAGUGACAGGAGUAAUUUAAAGCAUCACAUGAGAACUCACACAGGGGAGAGGCCUUUCUCAUGUCACAUCUGCGGGAAACGCUUUAUUCAGAAGAAUAACGUAGUAACUCACAUGAAGGUUCACACAGGUGAGAAACGUUUCCCCUGUGAAGUCUGUGGUCUGUGUUUCUCUCGCAGUGCUAAUCUGACUCGUCACAUGGCCACUCACUCAGAGGAGAAACCUUUCUCAUGUCAGCUGUCUGGAUGAGGCUUCAGCCAGGUUUGUAAUUUCAAAUUCAAUGUUGGUGUUCAUAAAUGCUGGGAGACGUAAUUUAUUUGCUCUGAUAACAAUGAAAUAGUUGAGAAGUUAAAGUUUGGGAACUGAAGAUCCUAAAACUCCAGUGUUAAAGGUGAAUGUACUUAACCAAUGUAUUUAUGUUUCAAUAUGGAAUUAAAUGGCAAUAAAAUUGUUCAUCUGGCAUUUUCCACAUUGAAAAUACAAAUAAAGAAAAAGAUGAAAUACACAAACCAUGUAAAAAGUGAAAUAAUAUACAGAAUAUAAUUAUAACUGCACGUCAACAUUUCAGCACCUUGUGAGAAAUGUUUAGGGUUUGAGUUUACACGACAGGUUUCAUUUCUAGAAACUUUCACUCUGGAGACAAACUUUCACAUGUUUUUUGUAUUUAAAUCCAGAACAUUGUUACCGAGGAAACAAGAGGCCAAAACAUAACAUAAAAUUAGUGUUUUGCUGUGAGGUCAUUUUUUGUUGACUUUUCCCUGUGAACUUCAGAGGUCAGACUUAUUACUGAAGUUUUGGUCAAGUGAAAGGCAGUUUUAGGAUUUCACAGUAAAUUGUCAUUUAAAUGACAAUUUACUGUCAUUCAUCGAUGUUUAUUUCUUAAAACAUAUUAAACAUAUUAACACUGGUCCGAUUAAAAAAACUAGUAAUGCUGGUUGUCAAAACUGGAUUCUUAGACAUAAUUGACAUUAAAAAAAUGUUAUUCAUUUGUGUCGGUUGCUAUAAAUGGACCUUUUCUGAAUCACAACACCCAGAUCAGAAUAUCCAGACAUGGAAACCAGAACUUUUCUCAGUGAUUUCUAGAUGUGGAUCAAUUUUAGAGAGACGAUGUUUCAUUUCAUGAAGUUUCCACAACAAAUCAG